CGCUGGUACUGUGGAACGAAAAGCUGGACCAGACGGUGGGGCUGUUUGAGGCCUCCUGCUACCUAGAGUCCUUCGAGACCCGGGGAUGCAGCAGCCCCGAGGGGUGCGGCCUGAUUGUUUCCGUUUUCGAGAAGGCCUCCGACGGAAUCGGCUACACGGGGGAGCGCUACAUGGCCCGGGACUUUUGGCCGGAGUUGAAUACGGACUCCAACGCCAAGCUGGGCGAGGAUUUUGUGGGCGAAGAGUUUCGUUGCUGCAAGGCGACUUCUUGCUGUGGAUUCUCUACCACCACCACUACGACCACCACGGUGCAGACCAUGCUCACCUUGCUCGCCGACGAGCUGGCCGGCGGCACCACGGCGGCGCCGGCCAACACCGGGUGGCCGCGCACUUUCUGCGACAACUGGGGAUCGGAGUGCAACGCGAAGCCGUGGCCCUGCUACCACACCGGGGUGGGCGGCAAGCGGACGGUGCAGAAUCUGAAAUACGGCGUGCCGGACUACGGAGAAUCCGAGCUUACCGCCUUUCUCGUGUGCUUCGGGCUGCUGAUGCUGUCUUUUUUCGCUUUCCUUCGCAAACUGGCCAACGCGGUUCUGCAGGAUUUGUUUGGGAUUUGCUGUUGUUGCCUGUUUGUGGACGUGGACGAAAAUGGCAUCCCGAUUCGCAACGUGGCGGCGUUUCUCGCGCUACAGGAGCAGCAGGACCCCGUGCAGGAAGAAGUACCCGAGAACGCCAUCGUGGACGAGGACGGAACCAUCAUGGUCGAGGACCCGGAGACCGGCUUGCUGUCGGUCUAUGAGCCGCGACCGAACGUCGAGCCGCCUUGGAAGUACGCGCAGCGGGAGACGAAACGGACGUGGUGGGAGUGCCUCUUUCGCCUGAACGCGUGGGCCGCCCGCGGGAAGAGUGGACAAGCGCGCCAGGAGGAGCUGGAUUCGGCUUUGGAGUGCAGGCGCGCGGAAAACAAGAGGGAACGCGAAGCCGAGGUGGCCUUUGAAGCGGCUCAGCAAAAGCGGAAACACGAGACCAAGCUGGAGAAAAUGGUGCGACUGCUGAAGCGCAGGCACGAGAGCGAAAAGUUGCCCGUGACGGGUGUGCUGCUGCGCCCCAUCGUGGAACCGUUAGAGGAGACCUGGACCGCGAAACUGCGGCGGCAGAAGCUCCAGCAGGGCCGCAGCCGGCGGUUUGCGGAAGCGAGAACGCGGGACCGCGACCUGUACAAGCACGUGCAGCCGUUUAAAUUUGACCCUGCGUUUUCGCGGCACGCGAGGGGUUCCGCCAUGGAGCAGGGGGCGAUGGCACUCACUUCGACCUUCCACGGCCACUUCUCGCAGGUCCGCGACGGAAAGUUGCCUACGCUACUGGAGAGCAGCUUCACGCAGAUUGGGCCGGACGGGCAGCCGCUGGUGCGAACGCCCCCGAAUCGAGGGAAGCCGGAGAGCGAGUCUUCCUCGGGGAGCGUCGAAGAAGAGGGUCGUGACGCCGGUGGUGCAGCGGUAUCGCGGCAUUCUAGCAAAGGGCGGAGCCGACAAUCCAGCAAAAGCCGGCCGAGCAAAGAAAAGGCGGUUGCGUCCGUCGACGAUAUCACGAAAAAACUGACCAAUCUUUCCGGCAACGCGGUUGCGCGGGAAAAGUCGCGGCUCAAAAUACCGCGCUUGAAGCAGCGCUCCUUUUCCUCCUCCGAUGAUGGUGGAGUAACAAGCGGCUCGAGCUCGCCGCGGUCUGCGCGUUCACACUCUCGCAGCAAGGAAACCGGUUGUGGCGGUGGCCCGCUGCAGCGGGGGUCAGUAGCGCUCGCGCGGCAAAAAACGGAAGCCACCGAUGGUGCUGCGCUUCCCCAGCAGAAGCCCGCGCAACAACAAGAUCAGCAGCGCCGGUGCAGCGGUCCAGCGGUCCGCGCGCCCGCGUUGAUUGCGAAUUCCUCCCGGGCGUCCGCCUCCGGUAGCGGUGCCCUGCCGGUCAACAAGCUGCUCACCUCCUUUGCGGCUAAACUCGCAAACAAAACGGAACCGAGCCCGGAAGGUAACGGACCAGCAAGCGGACAGAAGACCCAAAUUGCGGCGCACCAACAGCCGGAGGAAACGACCAAUAAGUUAAACAUGAGCCUGACCGCAAACGGGCUUCAGAACAUGAGAGCGCUGUCGCUUAUGAUGAAAGUGCGGAAAAAACUCCAAGGCGGGCGCAGCGCGGCCACGCUGCAGAAGGCGCGCACUGCCGGCGUGUCGCAGAUGCAAGGAGCGAUCAUGCGGAACCCAUUCGAUAGCGAACCGAACCUGAUGGCGCAGCUCAUGACGCAAAAGUUGACGCCCGGUGUGGACUUGUUGCGAAAAGACUUCGCCGACAAGGGCAAGAUCGACGUGGAACACCAGAAGGAUGCCUUCGAGUGGCGCGCCAUGCAGUUUGAAGACAAUUUGCCGUUUGACUGCACCAAUAUGCGGUACAAGCCGGUUGUACUAAAAGCCGGUGAGAACAACAAGCAGAAGCACGACAACAUGGAGCUGCACCAGGCCCCGCUGCAGCACAUCGCGGGGAACCUGCAGGCGCCCUCGUUCGACCGGCGGCUCAAGGCGGACGCCUAUCUCUUCCGCAAGUCCCAGCAGAUGGCCACGCGGCUGUUGCGGUUUCUGCGGGGCAAAAACUACGACGAGGGACCGUCCCGGGUGGUCGACCAGGACUUCGCGCAGGGCUACCGCCUGUUUCUGCAGGAUCCCCGUGCAAGAAGACUGAACAACAAGAUCGACCCGAACGCGUCUCCGGAGCUCUACGCCGAACUGGAGCGAGAGCGGCGGGAAAAGGCGGACGCCAAGCGGCGUGCGCUCGAGCCGGCAACCAAGGAGUUCUCCCGACUCUUCAGGACAGCUGGUGAAGCUUCUUCUGCAAGAGCGUCCGAUCGCGGUGCUGCCAGUGAUCGUCAACGUACGGAAAAACCUAGAGACGGGCAGCAUGAUGACGCGACCUCAUACACCAUGGCUGCCGAGUAUCAGGUCCCGGACCGGCGGGAUGGCUUUUCGGCCGAAGUGCGCGCCAUCUCGAAUCCGGAGCUGCGGCGGUCCGCAGGAAAGGACUUGGAUCGCCUAGUGUACGACGGUUACCGCGCGGCGGAUUUGCAGAUGGUGCCGCAGCGUCCCCUGCACUCGCCCACGGCGUCGCGGCUGCUAACUUUGCAGGCGCGGCGGACGGGUAACCGCAACACGAUGAUUGGUCGAUUCGAAAACGUCCCCCACCGCGACGCGCACCCGGGGGACCGCGCGGGCCACCAGUUGCGGCUGCGGACCAAAGAGCAGUAUUGGGACUUUGCGGACGAGAUGUGGCGCCGGAAGGUGGACGAGAUGCACAAUCCGAAUCGGACGGACGACGUCGCGCAUACCGACUACCGUACCUUCCCCUGGGAGGCGGGCUACGAAAACAACGAAGUCGCUCAACACGACGGCGGCGAGAAUGGAGCUGUCGGUGCGCAUAAGCGGUCCAGCAGGCGGCGGAGCGCGAGUGCAGCUGCGAACAGGCAGAAACUGCGGAGUGAAACGGAAGAGGAGCGUUUUCGGCGGCUGCAGAAGGUACAGGUCCCCAACAAGCGGGCGGCGGUGGUGGUGCGCCAGGACUUCGGUGAUGCACUCAAGCCUUCUAGGUUGGAUCCGAAGCAAAAGGCGGAUGUGCAAAGAUUUCUGAAGCGGCAAGUUGCGCGAAACAAAAAAUACGCAGCAGCAAUCAACUCGGAUUCGGAUGAUUAAGAUCAAUUUUCGCGCAGAUAAGAACAACUGCAGUGCCAAUGUGUAGUAGUGCCCAAAAUUCAGUACUUUCAACUUGAUAGUCAUUGUUAACUUAAUUCGGUUAAAAUUGAUGAACGGCAAACAGUAAAGUUGCAAGCCUAUGGGUUUUCGUUUCUGUGCAACGCAGAUUUCGUCUUUGUAUGAUUGUCUUGAGGUUAUCACCUUGCUGUACAAAUUUUAUACCGACACUUUACUAAUGUAGACAUCGAUGUUGAGAAAUGUGCCUGAGCUGAAUCUUGACGUAAUCAAGAUUUGUUCACUUGGAAACCAAAGAAUGAAUGAGAUGAACUGAAAUGUACAAUAUUUGAUUUUGAAGAGAGGGCACGAUACGUGG